AUGGGAAACGCUCUAUUUUGUCCGCAGCUCCAUCAAGAUGGAAUUGACUGCGUCAGUGGUGCCGGGUUCGUUUUCAUGAGACACCCCCCUCUGUUGGAGACCUUCAAUUUGGAUGAUUUGGAUGCACAUGGAGUGCAAGGAACACUCGCAACAAAAGGUUCACGGGUCGACGUUCCUUCCAGAAAAAAGGACUUGGCACAUUAUGGCUUUGACUAUCGCUUUACUGAUCCCACUUAUGAGAAAGAAGCGAGGACAUGGACUGGCAAAAAAAGCAGCACUGAUACCGAUGUCUCCUCGUCGAAUGAGUUCGAUUUCACCACCCGCUUGUAUCAUACCAAGUCCAAUGACAUGAUUACAAAAGACAAUUUUCGAAAGUUCCGGCUUCACGGAAAGCUGUUUGAUGACGUCACUGAUUGUUGUCAAGAGAUCGUCCAGCAAGGGCUUCAAGAUGUCUAUCGAUAUGAUGUCGUUACCAUUCCCGUUUCUUCUCAGAGUUCAGUUUCGGGUGGUGACGCUACACCACCUAUUCAAGCCUUUGUGAGCCCGGAUCUUGCAGAAAGGCUAUCAAUAGACGAAGAUGUAGAGCCUCGGAAGGCAUCAACGAAGGAGGAGAAACCAGUUCUCUUGAUAAUAUGCGGCAAGGGACAGUCGAGAGCAGGUGUGUUAUCCACCAAGCAGCUGGUGCUCUCUGGUUUGGAGUCUGGGUCGGCUGUCUAUCACAUUUUGCAAGCAGAAGAACAGCAAAUGUCGGUUAUUAUUUUGGACCCCAAUGCUUGGGGUGAAAGAAGGGGAAUGGACGUUGUGAAUCACUCGUUGACCUAUUUCUUUGGUGAAACGACUACUGAUACCAAGGAGGGAACGAGGAUAUCUGCAUCAGCAAGACUGUCAAAGUGUCCUUUGUACAUUAUUGCCCAUUCCGCAGCGGGAGGAUAUCUCACCAGAUAUCUAUCGCAGGGUGUUGCUCGUGAAACACUAUUGCGUCAGAUAAAUCGAGUUGCCUUUACCGAUUCCACACACAACCUUCAAUGGUACAACAAAGACCAACGGUUGUGGGUUUACUUGCAAUCUUCGAAAUGUUUAUACAUACGCAACAACUCUGCCCCACGACCUUUUGGUAAUCAUCAUGCCAAAAAAGCGGGUGAGAAACAUGAAGGGGACCAUUGGUGGCAUCACCGAUUUGGAAACAUUCCAACGGUUUGGGCUGGGACUCCAGAGCACUCGUUGAUGUGCUGGACGGCGCGUCAUGUCAUUUGGGAUUUCUUUACGGAGAAGACGAAAAAAACUGCCUAA